AUGACAACAUCUGUUGCAGUGAUACUUGGAGGCGCUGCAGGAGCUGUUGGAUUGGUGGCACUACUUGUAUUCCUAUGGUUCUGCCUACUACAUAAGAGGAGUGUUUCAAGAACUUCUGAGACAGGUUCUUCAGAUCCAUCUCUUCAAGCAGGACAAGCCAUUGAAUUGUCUCUUCUGAGAGGUGGCCCUCACCCAUCCGACUCGCGAGAGGCAAGGCGUUUUAUGUUGGACGAGUUAAACCUGGCUACAAAGAAUUUCAGCAAUAUCGAUCUGAUCAGGCAAGGAAAAUUUGGAGAAGUGUACAAGGGUUUGCUUAAUGAUGGGAUGAUUGUGGCCAUCAAAACGCGGCCUGGUGCACCUAAUCAGGAACUUAUCGAAGAGGUACGCUACUUGUCAUCCAUCAGGCAUCGAAAUAUUGUAAUUCUUUUGAGAUAUUGCCAGGAAAAUAACCAGCAAAUGCUUGUUUAUGAGUACAUAGCUAAUGGCAGUGUUUCCAGUCACUUAUAUGGUAAUUGUGUUGUUACUUCCAAUAUGAACUUAUAGGCAAGUUGGUCACAUAGAUCUAUGGGUUUUUUUAUUAUCUAGGUGCAGCUCAGAUCUCCAAUGAACUGCUAGAAUUCAAGAAUAGGCUUUCAGUAGC